UCCUUCUUGGCUCCGCCGCCGCUUCGGUUACUGCGGCCGUUGGAAGCCGAGCGUCGGGGCCAGGAGCGCGGAUCGCGAUGGCGGCUCCUCCGGCGCCUCUGUCAGGACAGGACGUGGGAUCAUUUGCAUAUCUUACAAUUAAAGACAGAAUACCACAGAUCUUGACUAAGGCUAUUGAUACAUUGCAUCGACACAAAAGUGAAUUUUUUGAGAAACACGGAGAGGAGGGCAUGGAAGCUGAAAAGAAAGCUAUUUCUCUUCUUUCUAAGUUACGGAAUGAACUGCAAACAGAUAAACCAAUUAUCCCCUUGGUUGAGAAGUUUGUUGACACUGACAUAUGGAAUCAGUACCUAGAAUAUCAACAAAGUCUUUUAAAUGAAAGUGACGGAAAACCAAGGUGGUUCCACUCACCUUGGUUGUUUGUGGAAUGCUACAUGUAUCGGAGAAUUCAUGAAGCAAUUAUCCAGAGUCCACCAAUCGAUGACUUUGAUGUAUUUAAAGAAUCGAAAGACCAAAAUUUCUUUGAGUCACAGGAAUCUAUUAUUGCUUUAUGUACUCACCUGCAACAGUUGCUGAGAGCUGUUGAAGACCUAGAAGAAAAUCAGCUCAAAAAUGAAUUUUUUAAACUUCUGCAGAUUUCACUGUGGGGAAAUAAGUGUGAUCUGUCUCUAUCAGGCGGGGAAAGUAGUUCACAGAAGACCAAUGUCAUAAAUUCACUGGAAGACCUAAAGCCUUUCAUUUUAGUGGAUGACACAGAACAUCUUUGGACAUUGCUUAGCAAUUGCAAGAAGACAAGAGAAAAAGCAUCUGUUGUUAGAGUGGAUAUUGUUCUGGAUAAUUCUGGGUUUGAACUUGUUACAGAUUUAAUAUUAGCCAACUUCUUGUUGUCCUCUAAACUGGCCACUGAGAUUCAUUUUUAUGGAAAAACAAUUCCGUGGUUUGUUUCUGACACUACUGUACAUGAUUUUAAUUGGUUAAUUGAACAGGUAAAACAUAGUAAUCAUAAGUGGGUGUCCACAUGUGGGGCUGACUGGGAAAGCCUUAUUAAAACGGGCAGAUGGGUUUACCAUGAUCACAUAUUCUGGACUUUGCCUCAUGAAUACUGUGCUAUGUCUCAGGUUGCUCCUGACUUAUACACUGAACUACAGAAGGCACAUUUAAUUUUAUUCAAGGGGGAUUUGAAUUAUAGGAAGUUGACAGGUGAUAGAAAAUGGGAGUUUUCCGUUCCGUUUCACCAGGCCCUGAAUGGUUUCCAUCCUGCACCCCUGUGCAGCAUAAGAACAUUAAAAGCUGAGAUUCAGGUUGGCCUGCAGCCUGGGCAAGGGGAACAGCUCAUGGCCUCUGAGCCCGACUGGCUGACCGCUGGCAAGUACGGAGUAUUCCAGUAUGAUGGCCCACUCUGACUCAGCUUAGGAGCCCUCGGCUGUGCAGAAAGAUCUGACAAAAACCUUUGCAUGCCCAGAAAAGCAGCAUGGGGAUUCGGUCAUUUGGCUGCUCUUCAUUCACUCUGGAUGGUCUGUCCUUUGAAUAUUUUGCCCCAAACAUUGUUUUGGGGAUAGAUGGGGUCAGCUAGUUAUAGGUAUUUACCUUUAUGUUGGAAUUUUAGCAACUUAUGUCAAGUUAAAUGCCUAAUUUCAGGUGGUCUUCACUUAGUUUUAAUUGGGUGGGAAGCAAAAUAUAAAUAAGUUCUGCUUUUCAAGUUAGUUAACUCGAUUUUUUUUUUUCUUAAAUGGUAUAAUGCAUGCUAUUUAAUAUUCUAGGAAGCAUAGAAUUUUGUUUAACUUGAUUUUGGACUCGAAAUAAUGACUUUAUGAAAAUACACAUUUUAAUGACUCUUUGUAAAGAGAGGCAUUUCUUACAACUGUGAUGCUUGCAUACUUAAAAUUACCUCAUAAGUUAAUUCUAACUUUUGUUCUCUUUGAAUUUUAUUUCAUUUUAUUGCUUUAAUUUGUAUGCAUUUGUAUUUUGAUUAACCUGUAGAAUGGAGGUCAGAAGAUACAAAAUUGAACAGAGUGAAACAAAUGGGACUUGAAGAAAUAUAGUAUCUUUUACAUUCUAUUUAUGAAUCCGUAAUCAACUAAGAGUAUUAUUUGGCCACAUAAGUGUUUUAAAUGAACAGAUUUUUAGUUGGCCCUUUUAGAAAAACGCUUUAGAUGGAAAUGAUUCUUAUACAUUGAAUUUGGGUACUACCAUCAAUUAUUUAUUUUUUUAUAUUCUUAUACAUUGUAUUGGUCAUUGCCGACAUUAAAGACACAAAACUUCAGGUCAGUUUGUUAUGAAACUGAAAUUGGAAAUAUACCUGGAAAUGUUUUCUUGCAUUAGAAUAAUAAAAAUGAAUUGUACUGAAAA